AAUGCAACUGAUAUGGUUUCUUUUUCCCGCUCAAAGCAACCAUGCUCCCCCGCUCACAUUUAUCUACAUUAACGUGCCCCAUUCAAAACCCUAGACUAGAAAACCACGACCCCUACAAUCGUCAGCUCUUUGAGUUAAUUGAACCCUAAUAUGCCGACCAUAAUUGGAAAUGGAUCCUCUGUAUUUUAUGAUGCAGUUGAUUCCGGCGGCAGAGACGCUGCCAUGGAGAAGAAAUCCAUCGGAAUAGACAAAUCCGCUAAUAUGCGAUCCAAACAGCAUUCGACGGCUCAAAAGAGGCGGUUGAGAUCUGAAAGUGAGCUUUGCAGUUCAAUCUCCACUCCAUCGAAGUCUUGUUCUCCGAAGAAAUGGAAAUCGCCUCGUAAAUGCAUUAGUAGUAGCCCAAGCACUAAUGGAAACGAAAACAGGGCCCUCAGAACAACCAAAUCUCCCCGGAAAAGGUUAUCCGAUAGUUUUCCGCAGAACUCAAAAUGGAAUCCUAAAGAUCCCUACCAGAUGAGAAUUGUGAAGGAAGCACUGCAUGUGUCGACGGCACAGUCUAUUAUUGUGUGCCGGGAAGAGGAGCAGAAACGGGUAUUGGAGUUCUGCAAGGCGUGUAUUGAGCAGCAGAAAGCAGGGAGUCUAUACGCCUGUGGUUGUCCAGGGACAGGAAAAACAUUGUCCAUGGAGAAAGUUAAACAGUCGUUGCUAGAAUGGAUAAAUGAGGAAGGAUUUCAAUCACCAGAUGUAUUGGCCAUAAAUUGUACUUCUCUUUCAAAGACUAGUGACAUUUUCAGCAAGAUAUCUGAAAAGCACUGCCCCCGUAAGAAGAUCAAUGGUUAUUCUACUCCUCUGCAGUAUCUCCGGAACUUGUUUUCUCAAAAACAUCCAUCCAGCGAAAAGAUGACGCUUGUGAUUGUUGACGAGUUGGAUUAUUUGAUUACAAAAGACGGCUCUGUGCUUCAUGAUCUUUUCAUGCUUACUACUUUUCCUUUCUCCAGAUUUAUAUUAAUAGGAAUAGCAAAUGCACUGGAUCUAGCUGAUCGUUUUCUGCCAAAACUGCAAUCAUUGAAUUGCAAGCCUGUGGUUAUUACUUUUCGAGCCUACUCUAAAGAUCAGAUACUCAAGAUUCUUCAGCAGAGGCUUAUGGCACUUCCAUACACUGUCUUUCAACCACAAGCUUUGGAGCUUUGUGCCAGAAAAGUUGCAGCUGUAUCCGGAGAUAUGAGGAAAGCCCUCUCCGUUUGCAGGUCAGUGUUUUGUUGA